AUGGUGGGGGGGAACUCUGCCACUCGUUCCCCUCACACCACUGAUAAUGAUAGGGCCACAGAGAGCCCUGAUGUUUAUGGUAUGGUAGAUGCUCACAACAUAGCAUUAACAACCCCAUUACCACAAAGGAAUAGAAACAUUGCCACCACUAAGAUGGAUGCCACUAAUGACCCAGAUGUUGCCACAAUCAAGAUGGCCAUCACUUUGACAUGCCAUGUCACUGCCUCAUCCAAAAUGACUUCUACUGGAUUUAAGGCUAUGACGUAUAACCCUAAUAUGCCAUUGGAAAUGGCUGAAGAUUUACCACCGUCGGCUGGUUUAAUAAUUCAACUAAUACAGGACCUGCGAGUGUACUUAAAAAAAUGA